UGUCUGCUUCCGUGGACAUCUUCCCCUCCUUGCUUGCUUCCUGGCUUCCGCUCGGGUUUUCUCUGGGUAAAUAGAGAAGAUUUGACGGCACGAUUCCGACGAAGCUUAGCGACCUUGUAGCCCGAUCUGUUUGUGGCUCGCAGCUUGCUUAGGAAAUUCGACUCGACGAUUGCUGUAGAAAAUCGUUCCGCGGUAGCCCUUGAGAGUGCUAACAGAUAUCCAAGUCGGGUCGAGCUCCUCAGCUUGUUCUUACGAAGAACAGUAUUCGUUCCAAGCUUAUUCAGUAAUAGCAUGCUGGACAUCACUAUUUAAUUCCUGCUAAGUACUUUUUGCGAUGAGUAAGAAUUCGGGCCAUAGAGGCAGGAGUCGGAAGGACCAACCGGAGCCGAUGGCGCUUUUUCCGCGGAUAGACGUCAGCAGCGCAGCAGCAGCAGCGGUGGGGGGGCCCAAGGCACCUCCGCGGAACAAGAUGGCGCUCUACGAGACGUUGGCGCUGCCUUCCGCCAAGCGCUUCCGCGCCGCUCCCCUCUCUGCCCCCCCGCUAGCCUCCGCCAGCCCUUUCCCCCCAUCCUCCCCGUACUGCCCUCCGUCAAGCGUUUUCCCGUCAAACGGUUUUCCAUCAAGCAAUUUUCCGUCCGGCGGUUUUCAGUCAACCGGUUUUCAGUCAAGCGGUUUUCAGUCAACCGGUUUUCAGUCAAGCGGUUUUCAGUCAAGCGGUUUCCCGUCCAGCAGUUCAGGACCAGCAGGCGUUGCUUCUCCCGCGCAUCCCGACGCCACGGUCGCAGCAUCCAUGUUACCACCCGCUUAUGCGUCCAAGUUCGCCUACUCUCCCUUCGCAGUCACCCGCCAGGAUCCCUAUUCCGCGCCGCACUCGUCGCAAGCCGCGAACUCGUUGCAAGCUCCUAACUCGUUACAAGCACCCUUCAAGCUCCCGCCGCUCCCCGACAGCAAGAGCACCGCGCCCGCUUCUAUUUCUGCCCGCAGCAACUCUCUGUCUGGAAGCUUCCAGGAACCCGCCUCGCUGCAGGCGGCUCUUGCAUUCCAGUCCGCGUGCGCAGCACACGCCACAGGCGGGCCUUCCGCCCCUCCUUCCCCUUCCGCCCGCUUCGCCCCCUCCGCCCUUGCACACACACCAGGGGGACCUUCCGCCAUGCCGCAUACAGCAGGCGGGUGCUUGACUGCGGGCGCAUUUCCGGGAUUUGCAGCACCCUCGGCGGGAUUGGACUUCAGUAGCGGGGGAGGGGGAGUUGGCGGGACGGCAGGCGGGAUGGGAGGCGCAAUGGGGGGCGGAAGGGGGCGGAUUCCCGGAAUCUCUUCCCCGCGGGAUGAAGCUGCGGAGAGCGCUUUCUGGUCCUGGCGCCACCACUCCCGCACCUCCGCCACCCCCCCUGCGUCGGCCUCCGCCUCCCCGUUCGCCCUUCCUUGCGGGCCUUCCCCCUUCGUCGCCUCCGCCUCCCCUUCCCCUUUUGGUCUCCCGCUGCCCUUCUCCCCGGGGGUAAGAGGAGGAGUGCGGGCAUGUGAUAUUGUGGCCGUGGUGGGUCAACGGGAGUUCUGGCGUACUCAGCAAGGCAUGCAGAGGCACGGGCGCAUAUUCCGAUCACAACUCUUGGACCUGCACUCUCUGAUUCAGGUUCAGCAGGAGCUUUUCCAAGCUGCUCUCCCCCCGUCGCCCGAACCCUCUGCUACCAGCGCGCAUCUCUCGCCCGCGCCUCCCCAGCCUCGUUUCCAAGCCCCCGCUGCCCUGGACGCCUGUGCCGAAGCUGAGUCGCAGGCUCGGGGAUUCCCAGGGCAGGUGGUUAGGACAGAUACGGAUGGGUUUUCUGCGGCGGUUGGGGGAGGGGGGGGUGCAGGUGGGGAGGAGGGAGGAAGGGGAGAUGAGGAGGGGAGGGGAAGGGGGGAGGUGAUAGAGGGUUAUGGGAGUGGUGAGGUGGAUGGUCUUAAUUAUGACGUGGCAGGGAGUUCAGAGCAACACGUGGCGGCAGCACUGGCAGCAGCUGCAGCAGACAUUGCAGCAGCAGCAGCUGCUGCUGCAACUGCUGCUGCUGGUGGCGCUGCUGGUGGCGCUGCUAGUGAUGCUGCUGCCUGCUCCAAGGCAAAGGCAGAAAGAAAGAGAAAGAGGCGAGAAGAGGGCGAGGGAGAAUGGCAAGCAAGCCCGAGAGCAGCGUCCUUUGCUGCUCCUGCUCUGUCUCGCUCCCCUCGUGUGGCCUCCUCCCCACGCACACACCACACACAGCGGGAAUCCAGACACCCCGAAGAGCCUGCCGUGUCCAGCUCUCCGCAUCACCCUGCCAGCUCACCUCACCGCCCCAACGGCUCACCUCACCGCCACACCUCGCCCCACGGCUUCAAGUCACCCCAUGCCCCCGCCUCGCCCCACGGCUUUCACUGCAACCCGGUUCGCCCCAGCCCCAUUCGCCCUAGUCCCAUUCCCAUUAGUCCUAUUCGCCCUUCCCCCAUCCCUCAUCCCAUACCUGCCAGCCAUACAGGCAAGAGCCCCACUUUACCCUCGGUCGUGCCUACCAACCCCGUGCCUGUAGGCUCGGCAACUGACAUGGUUGGUGGCUUGGCAAGUGCGUGGAGCUAUCCCCUAUACCAAACUCCUCCUGGCCUUUCACCUGGGAUUCCACCUGGAAUUUCACCUGGCCUUUCUCCUGGGCUUUCACCUGACCUCUAUCAGCAUGUUGUGCCUGGUGACCCUUCCUAUGCUGCUGCUUCCCCUGCUGCUGCUGUCACUGCUGCCCCUGCUCCUCCUCUCUCCGGUGUACCGCUUUCUACCGUAUCGGAUCCGUUCGGCGGAUACAGGCCCCUAUCGGGUUUAGACGUGGAUGCUUCGGCUGCUGCUGCUGUCACCGCUGCUGCUGCCACGGCUGCUGUGAAUGACGCUGCAACUGCUGCUCCUUGCAGCGACAACGAUCGUGGCAAUGGUGAUCGUGCCAGUGGCGAUCGUGACAGUCGCGAUCGUGACAAUGGCGAUCGUGACAAUGGUGAUCGUGACAAUGGUGAUCGUGACAAUGGUGAUCGUGGCAACGACAGUCGCGGUGAUGUGGGCAGGGGAGGGGAAGGAGAGAGGGGGGGACAGCACAGCAGCACGCCUCGUGGGCUUGGAAUCAGGGUCAAUGCCGUGGCACAGGAAUGGCAAUGCCAUGCCACAGGAAUCAGGGCCAAUGCCGUGCCACAGGAAUCAGAGGCAGCAGCAGGCAUGGGGCUUGACCUGGGCUUGGGCCCUGGUUUGGGCACAGCCACGGGCUUUGGCCUGGGGGAAGGUAUAGGUGGUUUAGGCGGAGGUAUGGAUGCGGCAAACAUGGCGGCUUUUCAAGCUUUCCUUGUCCAGAAACAGCAGCAGGAACUACAACAUCAGCAACAACAAUGGCAAAAACAACAACAGCAGCAGCAGCAGCAGCAGCAGCAGCAAUGGCAGCAGAUUUUGCUACAGCAUCAACAGCAGCAGCUGCUGCAGCAACAUCGGCAGCAGCAGCAGAUGUUGCAGCAGCACCAGCAGCAGCAGCAACAGUGUCAGCAGCAGCAGAUGUUGUUGCAGCAGGUGCAGCAGCAGCAAGCCCUGGUUCAGCUUCUUUGGAGUCAGAAAGCCGCUCGCACUGGUGCUGCUGCACGCGAGGCAGCUGCUGGCAAUGCUUCCGGCGGUAAUAAUGAUGACGAUGACUAUGAUACUGAUGAUGGUGAUGAUGUGUCGGAUGAUGAUUACUCUGGUGGUGGUGAUGGUGAUGGUGACAGGGAUCGCAGCUGUCAUAAGAGGCAUGGCAAGGCAGCGGCCAGGAGUCCAUCGAGCGAUGUGAGGGCAGGAGGGGGCAGCAGUAGCGGAGAGGGUACGAGUGAUGGGGACAGGGCUGACAGCUAUGGCUUCGCAGUUGGAACCGAUGAGGAUGAGCCCUAAUAGAUGGUGUAGGUAUGGCUUCCCAUGGCUGCUCUUUGAGUUUUGCUUGUGUCUCAUUGAUGGCUCGGACCCAUCAGAUGGCUGUUUUAUUUUGUGGAAUUUGCGGUACAUGUAUUUAUUGAAAAUGGUA